AUAUAUUAUAGUAGCGCUAUCGAAUUAAUUAUUUCUUAUAGUCGUCGAUCUUGUUAUUUUCCAAGUUUGUUGGAGAGAUGGAGCAGCAGUACUGUUGUAACAAAACUAGUUCCUCAUCAUCAUGUAAAGCAGCUGAUAGAAAGACAAUUGAGAAAAACAGAAGAAAUCAAAUGAAGGAUCUCUAUAUGAAGCUCAAUUCACUUGUGCAUCGUGAUCAACAUUCUAAGGAAUUUUCUUCACUGCCAGAUCAACUGGAAGAAGCAGCGAAUUACAUAAAGAAAAUGCAGAUAGAUUUGGAGAAAAUGAGACUGAGAAAAGAAAGCUUAACAGCAGCUGAUCGUACUUUAAAUUCAAAUUCAAACUCAAGCAGUAAUAAUAAUGGAAGAAUAUUGGAAAGGGCUUUGCCAUUACCACAUAUUGAAAUUCAUAGUGUGAAUUCAGCUCUAGAAAUUCUUCUAAUUACUGGAUUAGAUAAUCAAUUCAUGUUCAACCAUAUCAUCCGUAUGCUUCAUGAAGAGGGAGUACAAGUUAUUAAUGCAAGUUAUACUCUCGUAGGUGACACCAUCUUCCAUUCCAUACAUUCUAAGGAGGGAGAAAGUACAACGUCGUCAGGAAACGGAGCUGCUUUAAGGAUUAUUUCAGAGAAAUUAAAGCAGUUUGUGGGUGCAGCUGCUACCUAGCAAUCAACCAACUAAUGUUUUAUUUUUUGGGGCACGUGUUAAAUUAUGUAAGAUAGAUGCUUUAGUACUUCGAAGGACAAAGUUUAUUUCCUCCAUGAUGAUUGAAGUUAGAAUCUUGGAUUU